AUGUCUUCAUCUGCUUUAUCCUGGUUAUCUAACUUGAACGUUGAAUCCGUUCCAGCCAAAAACUUGAGAAGAUCCUCAAUUAUCUGUACUAUUGGUCCAAAGACCAACAAUGCCGAAGUUAUGGUCAAAUUGAGAAAGGCCGGUAUGAACGUUGUCAGAAUGAACUUCUCCCACGGUUCUUACGAAUACCACCAAACCGUCAUUGACAAUGCCAGAAAAUCCGAAGAACUUUACAAAGGUAGACCAUUGGCCAUUGCUUUGGAUACCAAAGGUCCAGAAAUCAGAACUGGUGUCACUGUUGAAGAAAAAGACUGGCCAAUUGAACCAAACCACGAAAUGAUCUUCACCACCGAUGAAGCUUACAAGAACAAGUGUGAUGCCAGCAUCAUGUACCUUGACUACAAAAACAUCACCAAAGUUAUUGCUCCAGGUAAAAUCAUCUACGUUGAUGAUGGUGUCUUGUCUUUCGAAGUCAUUGAAGUUGUCGAUGAACAAACUUUGAAAGUCAAAUCUGUCAAUGCCGGUAAAAUCAGUUCCCACAAAGGUGUUAACUUGCCAGGUACCGAUGUCGAUUUACCAGCUUUGUCUGAAAAGGAUGUUUCCGAUAUCAAAUUCGGUGUUAAAAACAAGGUCCACAUGAUCUUUGCUUCUUUCAUUAGAACUGCUAACGAUGUUUUGGAAAUCAGAAAAGUUUUGGGUGAAGAAGGUAAAGACAUUCAAAUUAUCUCCAAGAUUGAAAACCAACAAGGUGUUAACAACUUCGAUGAAAUUUUGAAAGUCACUGAUGGUGUUAUGGUUGCUAGAGGUGAUUUGGGUAUUGAAAUCCCAGCUCCACAAGUUUUCGUUGUUCAAAAACAAUUGAUUGCUAAAUGUAACUUGGCUGCUAAACCAGUCAUUUGUGCCACCCAAAUGUUGGAAUCUAUGACCUACAACCCAAGACCAACCAGAGCUGAAGUUUCUGAUGUCGGUAACGCUAUCUUGGAUGGUGCUGAUUGUGUUAUGUUGUCUGGUGAAACCGCUAAAGGUAACUACCCAAUUGAAGCCGUCUCUAUGAUGCACAACACUUGUUUGAUUGCUGAAAAAGCUAUUGCUUACCCAGCUUUGUUCAACCAAUUGAGAACUUUGGCUGUCAAACCAACCCCAACUUCUGAAACUUGUGCCGUUGCUGCUGUUUCUGCUGCUUACGAACAAGAUGCUAAAGCCAUUGUUGUCUUGUCCACUUCUGGUCUUUCUGCUAGAUUGGUUUCUAAAUACAAGCCAGAUGUUCCAAUUUUAAUGGUUACUAGAAACGAAAGAGCUGCUAAAUUCUCCCACUUGUACAGAGGUGUUUACCCAUUCAUCUACACUAACCCAAGUAUUGAAAACUGGCAAGAAGAUGUUGAAAACAGAUUGAGAUGGGCUGUUUCUGAAGCUGUUGAAUUAGGUAUCAUCUCCAAGGGUGACUCCAUUGUCACUGUCCAAGGUUGGACCAGAGGUUCUGGUCACUCUAACACUGUUAGAAUUGUCCAAGCUUAA